GGUCGGGGCUGUGGUGGCCUGGCGGAGGGGGUAUGAAGCUGCUGCGGGGGCCGCUGGGGGCUGCCCUGGGCCUUGUAUUGCUGCUGAGCCCGGUGCAGACGGUGGAGCCCAUCAGCCUCGGGCUGGCGCUGGCUGGCGCCGCCUCAGCGCUCACCGGCCUCAUCUCCUACCCCCGCCUCUACUGCUACUUCAGGGAGUGCUGCCUCCAGCGGGAGGGGGCCCGGGCGGGAGCAGCACUGCAGGAGGAUUUGGACAAGAAACUGUUUGGUCAGCACCUCGUGAAGAAGGUGAUUGUGAAAGCUGUGACUGGCUUCUUGAACAAUACAAACCCCAAAAAGCCUCUCACCCUCUCCUUGCAUGGAUGGACUGGUACUGGCAAAAACUUUGUCAGUAAAAUAAUUGCAGAGAGUAUCUACGAAGGAGGCCUGAACAGCAAUUAUGUCCAUCAGUUUGUGUCUACUUUGCAUUUUCCCCAUGCACAUAGUAUUGGGCAGUACAAGGACCAGUUGCAGUCAUGGAUUCGGGGAAACGUGAGCGCCUGUGGCAGGUCAAUCUUUAUAUUUGAUGAAAUGGAUAAAAUGCACGCAGGGCUCAUUGAUUCCAUCAAACCAUUCUUGGACUAUUACGAGCAGCUUGAUGGAGUAUCCUAUCGGCGUGCCAUCUUCAUCUUUCUCAGCAAUGCGGGGGCUGAAAAGAUAACAGAGGUGGCAUUAGAUUUCUGGAAAAGUGGAAAGAAAAGGGAAGACAUGGAACUCAAAGACCUGGAAGCUGGAGUGUCUCUGUCUGUCUUCAACAACAAGAAUAGCGGCUUUUGGCACAGCAGCCUGAUCGACAGAAACCUCAUUGAUUAUUUUGUCCCCUUUCUGCCUCUGGAGUACAAACACGUGAAAAUGUGUGUCAGGGUUGAACUUGAAUCACGUGGCUACAUGGUGGAUGAAGAAAUCAUAACCAAAGUAGCUGACGAGUUGACCUACUUCCCCAAGGAGGAGAAAAUCUACUCUGAUAAAGGAUGCAAAACUGUGUUCACCAAGCUGGAUUUUUACUAUGACUUAUAAUGUUUUACGAAGCUGUAAUCUGCAAAGGAAAAAAUGAACCUAAUCACGAAGUGGAGAAACCGAAACAUUUCAUUUGUCAAGCACUUUAAAAAAAAAAAAAAAAAAAAAGGAACAUUGUCAUUUAAUUGCCUGAUGUAAAUAAGUGGCAAUACACUUGUCUUUUUAUUCUGGGGGAGCCUUGUAAUAGUCAUAUCUUCAAAAGAUGUCAGUCCUGUGCCAUGAAGUUAGGAAAGAACUGUGCAUGGAGCAGUCACCCCUUCCAGAGCAUUGUCUAACAGUGCCUAUGGUUUAUCUCAAAUCAUGGAUUGGUUGAUUGCUACAAUUGUUCAGUGGAACACGGCUAUGUACAUUAGACCUGCAGUUUUGAUCUGGUUUUAAUUAGGUUUUAAUUUGUAGAAGUGGUUUCCAGAUGGUACAGAAUAUUUUAAUCAAGGCCCUUAUAUCUGCAAGACCAUUCCUAGGAGUUGUGGGUGGGGUAUUUCCCAGACUGUCCUUUGAAAAGUGGAUAUGCAGGUUUGUUUGUUUUCUUAAAAAUAACCACCCUUGGUGUUUCCAGCUGUAUUAGAACCAAAGUGCAGGAGUGAGCCCGUAUGUCCUUUUACCUAGCAUGAUGUAGUGUCAUUCUUAUAAAAACAAGGGUGUAAACUGUUCCUUCUGGUGCCAAAUUGCAUUAGGAGAAGGUCAGUAUGUGAAACAAGGCUGAGUAAGAAGAGGAACUGCAGCAAAGUCAUUGACUAUGUCCCUGUAAUGGAGUUAGUUCCUUCUUUGGCUGUUUGCUGUGAAGUGUAGCGGUGACACUCAGUCUUUCCUUUUCCUUCUUUGUGGUAAUGAAGAAAAGGGCUGUUUACUAAAA